CCUCUGAUCUUCGCCAUCGCGACUCGUUAUGCGUUGCCCCAGGGUUUGGCAUCGGCGUCGCGGCACAGCUUCUUAAAACUAUUUGACUUGCUCAGCUUUAUCUUUCGUUUCAGUGCAGUGGUCUCCGUCUAAUGAGCUCUCCGGUGAGCCCAUCUAGCAUCUGGUGGAACUGCUCAAUUGUCCAUCUCGGGGGUGCGUAGCAACUACAUACAUAGAUUCCAUUGAUGUAAUCAAACUGGAAUCAGGGGUACAAAUUAUUUUGAUCAACCUUGAUCAACUUUGAAUCGCCACGGCCGGAUAUUUUCGAUGGAAGAAGCAACAAUUUAGCAUCUAAUUCGACGAAGACAGCAGGAAACAUUUGUGAAGCCGAGUUAUUUACGAAAGAGAGUGUAGAUGAAGAGAAUCGAUCAAUGUAGAUAGGAUCUAUUGAAAAGUGACGUGAGAUUUGUUUUCCUUACUGAGCUCCAAUGCUACCGACUCCAGGGAGGCAGCUCCCACACCUGGACCCUACCAAUCGACCCAGCAACUCAACCGGGGACCAACGGCUUUACUUCCCGAACGAAGGCGCGAUCAGAGAUGUUAUGCCUUAGAACAUGCCGGUGGCGCCGACUGAGAUUGGACCUAGGCCUGCUGGGGUGAGAGGAACCUAUGCUUUUGACGAACAAGCCUCCAAGCAUGCUGUAAUUGACGUGAUAGAAAAAUUUAUUUGUGGUGAUAAUUCCCAAUCAUUUUUGGAGCGCCUCAAGCUAGAGGAUAAUGUCGCAUCGAUCUGUGGCCGAGUAUUUAAAAUUGGUGAACCUACGUACAGUUGUCGCGAAUGCAGCAUGGAUCCAACAUGUGUGCUAUGUUCUUCGUGUUUUAAAAAAUCUUCACACAGAGUCCACAAAUAUAAAAUGUCAACAUCAGGUGGUGGUGGCUGCUGUGAUUGCGGAGAUCAGGAAGCAUGGAAACGGGAUCCGUCCUGCGAGGAUCAUAACCUUGCAGCUAAUGAAAACCCGGAUCAAUCACGGAUCACAGAUCAUCACCGAAUCAUUAGUGAUAAAAUAAAGCUGUGUUGCGAGACUGCCUUCAAAGGAAUCUUACAAUAUUGUAUGAAAACUUUACAAAUUCAGUCUGAAAGCAGUUUGGUCGAAUGCGGCGUUGAUGAUGAGGAUAUUUAUUGUACAAUUUUGUAUAAUGAUGAAACUCAUACUUUCGAACAGGUGAUUCAAACAUUGACUUCGAUCGUGAAGUGUACCCAAAAGGAAGCAAUCGAGUACGUCACAAGUAUUGAUCGUGAGGGAAGAGCGGUUGUGAAAUGUGCUCCAUUUGAGAUGUGCAAAAAGUUGAAAGAGGAUGUUGAAAAUAAGGUUAUACGAUCGACAAUGACGACCAAAGCAUCACCUCUCAAAGUAACUGUGCUGCACAAAAAUGAGGUUGCCUGUCAGCAUCUAGCUAUGCAAAUACUUGGAUGGUUUCAGGCAUUUUUGACUAGACAUUCUACUUUUCGUCUUGUCUUCUGCAAUAUCGUUGCAGAAGUUGGUGUACCAUACAACCUAAAGCAAAUAUUGAGUAAUGAUCACAAGCUUUGGAAAUCUGCCCGUACUUGCUGGCAUCGACUGCUGAUAUCGGGAAUGCUUAUGGAAUAUGGAAACAAAAAAUCGCUGGCUGUGGUGUUUACUAAACUGUAUGCUAAUCUGAUGCAGGACUUUAUACGAGAUGAUCACUAUCACUCAUUUUCAAUUGUAUCGCUUAGCGUCCAACUGUUUACUGUGCCAACAAUUGCACAUCAUCUAAUUGCUCAUGAAUUGGCGUUUUUUAAACUAAUGCAUACGUUCUACUCUGAGUCUAUAGAAAAAUAUGUGAAAAACAAGCUUUUGCAGUUUGCAAAGAAUACGUCAACAAUGAAUGUCUUCAAACGUGCAUCCUAUAUUUUGAUUGAUCUGAAAUAUUUACUGAGCUUUAAACCAGAUGCAUGGACUCAAGAGCUGAGAACAGGAUUUCUACAUGGGGUACAGAUAUUGAUUCGUCUAUUAAAGUGUAUGCAGGGCAUGGAUGCCGUCACUAGACAAAUUGGUCAGCAUAUGGAGUAUGAGCCAGAAUGGGAGACAGCCUUCACUUUACAUCUUAAAUUAUCGCAUCUGAUUACUCUGGUGUUGGAAUGGUGCAGUACAGAUAAAGUUGUUAUGGUAAAAGUGUAUCGUAUGCUCCUAGCGGCGCUAACGGAAAUAAAAUUUAUAGUAUCUGAAGCAAAAGUGGAGGUGAGAGAACUGGCUGAUCAUAGUGCUUCCUGUUUGAUGUACGACGUAUCUUCAAAACCAGUGUCCAUUCAUCUGCCUCUAACACGAUUCUUAGCUGGACUCUACGUGCACUUCGAAAAUUUUGAUUUAACGUUUGAUACAGUAGCCUCAUCUUCUGCAGACAAACCAACGCCGGAGCAGAUUAUAGAGCCAGUGUUGAGUACCAGAGCCAUGAUAUCCCAAGUAUACGCUGGAAUGUGGCGACGUAAUGGAUAUUCUCUACUGAAUCAACUUUACUUCUAUCGUAACGUAAAGUGCCGUUUCGAAAUGCUGGAUCGUGAUAUAGUUAUUCUUCAAAUCGGUGCGUCUUUGAUAGAAAGUAACGAGUAUUUGAUCCAUGUAUUGAAUAAGUUUAAUCUGAUCGAAUGGACGAAUGAUGAUUAUGAACCAACGAAUGCUGCAAAUCCAGAAGAAGAUGGUAUCAGACAAGUAAUAAACAUGGUAGAUGAGUUGUUGGAGUUACUGAUAAUCGUAGUAGGAGAACGUUACGUCCCGGGAAUCGGAAUGAUCUCUGAAGAUGAUCGUAUAAAAAAAGAAAUCAUACAACAGCUGUGUAUCAAGCCUUAUUCGCAUUCAGAGCUAAAUCGUGCAUUGAAUGAGGAUUCGAGUAGUGAAACUGGCAUGGAGAAUGUAAUUGACGAAAUAGCCAUAUUCGAAAAGCCAACCAAGUCAGAUAAAAAAGGAGUGUACAAACUGAAGGUUCAAUAUUUCAAUUGGUAUAAUAUGUACUUCUACCACUAUAGUAAAGAAGACAAAUCUAAAUCUGAAGAAGCCCAAAGACGACGACGUAAAGAAAAGGGUGAAUUAGUAUGUUGCCCACCGUCAGAAUUGCCGCAACUUACACAAUCUUUCAGUAUGAUAGCAAAUCUACUGCAAUGCGACGUAAUGCUUCUUAUUAUAAAUACAGUACUAAGAAGGGCUCUUGAUCUUAAAGCUAUUACUUUUUCGGAAAGUCAUGUUCAGAAGACGCUACAUUUAGUUGGUUAUGCUAUCCAAGAAGAGGAAUCGGGACACUAUCCUUUUCUGAAAUUUAUCGAGCGAUCCAACAAGAUGAAUCUUCUUCCAAUGUUAGAGGAAUUGGUGAAUAAUGCCAGAGUUGAAUCGCAACGAGAUCUUCUGUUAUGGGUCAUACAGAAAUACAAAGAUGUAAUGCUGAAGUUUCAAGAUAAAAAAAUGGACGAAGACCUUUCAACCAACGACCCGCUUCAUGCAUCUUCGGUGACACAGAUAGAAGCAGAACGAUUGGAAAAGGAAGAAAGGGCUAAAAUGGCAGCCAAAAGACGUGCUCAAAUACUGGCACAGAUGCAGAACGCCCAGAAAAAUUUUAUGACAUCAAAUGCUGAACUCUUUGAAAAUAAUAUCGAUGACGAUAAGGCUGCAGGAUGUAGCAGCAUGGAUUGGCAAGCAUUGACUGAGAAAAACGGAGAACAAGCAUGUUUUGGCAUAAGUAGGAAAACUCAACGUUUUGAAGAUGCACGGUAUCGGUGUAUUCUUUGUUCGGAAGAAUCAUCGGUUACCAAAAAUGAUGAGUGCAUGGUCUAUGCUGCAUUUGUACAGAAAUCAAGUGUUCUUUCUCGGUAUCAACAAACAGAUGAUCAUGGACAGCUCAAGUAUUUGGAAACAAGCAUCCAUCCAUCGCCACAUGUGAGCACGUGUGGACAUGUUAUGCAUGCUUCGUGCUUUGAAAAAUACUUCAGCAAUGAAAUGAUCAAAGAAAACCGUCGUCCGUACCGUAACCGAACACCGGUACUUUUCGAUAUAGAUAAACGAGAAUUCCUGUGCCCACUUUGUCGAUUCCUUAGCAAUGCUUUGCUGCCUUUGCUGCCGGCACUCGGAACCUUCAAUGAAAGUAAUAGUUCAAUCAAUGCUUUACCCGAUGCAAUAAAUUUCCAAAAUUGGAAUAUGAUGAUGGAGGAAUUUUCUACCGCACUCAGGAGCGCCAACAACAAUCAAAUGGAAGCGCAACAAGAAUCUGACGAGUCCGAAGAACAAGCUAACCUGACUCGACAGGUAUAUGAAGAAAUGAUUCUACCGAAACUGUCUGCAACUUUCGGUAUUAAUGUAAAUAACGAUGACUACAAUACAAAGUCUCUAGUGAGUGAAUCAAUUGAAGAAUACAUAAACAAGUUUUGUACUGCUGUACAUGAUGUUGCUCCAUUCCCGUCAACAUCCAGAAAUUUCGAGGAGUAUCUUGUUACAUGGUUAUCGUGUGCGUACACUAUAGAAUCUUUGGAAAUGUUACUUCGCGCUACAGAUAAGCAGCUGAAUGGAGAACUUUCAAUACGGUACACAUCCUGUCUGAGUGGGUUCGUGCGCGUUUCCGCACUGCUAGGAAACAAUAUAAAGAGAUUCAAUCCGGGUUUGAUUGAUUAUAUGUGUGAUCUUCAUGACACAUUGCAUGGUAAAAGAGGUUCUUCAUUCUUGGAGUGGGAUAUCUUCAGUAUGAUGACAUCGCUAAUAUGUGCAACACGUUGCGUAUUAUUUAGCGCAAAUAAAGAAGAUACCAUACCUAAAGGAAAUAUUAUCGAUCAUGAUAUUUUGACUGCGAUGUUCCUAGUGAAUGCUGUAAGAAUAGUUGUCACGCAUGAAAUUAAAUUUUCUAACGCUAUGGACACUGAUGACAAUGUUACUGGAUCCGAUAAUGAAUUGUCUAAGAACUUGUCCAAUAUUUUCAAAAAGUAUAAUAUUUAUCACCAUGAUGCUGAACAUAUUCCAAAUUCGAUUGGACAGCAUCUUACACAGACAAUAAAAGAACAGAGUCAAACAUUUUUGAGGUGCUCUUGUUUGCUGUUUCAUGCGAUAACAGAUGUAGAACUUCCUAGCGGCGAUCAUUUCGAGGCUCUUGCAUCGUAUUUAGGACUGGAAACAGAUGUGUACACGUAUUUCAACAACGAAAUUUACUGUCAGUUCAUUUCCACAGUAAUUACUGCGAAUCAUCAAGAACUGCAAGCCGUUAAACAGAAUAUAAAAAACAAACAAUCCGAAGAUAUUGUUCCAAUAAUUCAGGCAAUACCACCAAUUAGGCAGUUGAUAGAUCUGCCGGAAGACUAUAGUGAUCUGAUCAACAGUGUGUCCCUUUUCACUUGCCCAAAUAACGUAAGAGAUGAUUCCCGUAAUCCCACAAUGUGUCUAGUCUGUGGAGAGAUCUUAUGUUCCCAAUCAUUUUGCUGUCAGAAGGAACUAGAAAAAAAUUCGGUAGGUUCAUGUACAUACCAUGUGCAUACGUGCGGUGCCGGUAUCGGCGUAUUUCUAAGGAUUCGUGAUUCGGAAAUAUUGCUGUUGGGUAUGAACAAAGGAUGCUUCAUUCCUGCACCUUACCUGGAUGAAUACGGUGAAACAGAUCAAGGAUUGCGACGUGGUAAUCCUUUGCGACUAUGCAGGGAACGGUACAAGAAGUUACACAUUAUUUGGCUUAGUCACGGAAUUCAUGAAGAAAUAACACGUCGGACCGAAACGCAACAAACACUGUUCGCUACACAAUGGCAAAAUCUCUGAAAAUAAAAUAUUUUUUCUUCUGAACUUAAGGGCAGAAUUUAGCAUCAUGAUUAAUAAAAAAUCAAUAUUAGUGAUAGUGCUGAUACUUGCAAAUAAUAAUACACAUAAGAUACAUUCUGUUUCAAUAUAUUUUCAGCUGUUGGUAGAAAAUUAAAUACAAGUCUGUUUAAUGAUGUGAGUAAAUACAUAUCUGGCAUCUAAAUACGUUUCUGUCUAUGUUGCCGAAAUUCCUUUAAAGAUAAUUGCACGUAAAACUUGAAGGUGAGUGAAUCGCUGUGGAUAACUUAUUUCUGAUGGAACUCAGCUCCCACAAACAAUUCCACAAAGAAACUGAAACUCCACGUUUGCUGCAAUAUUUCG